UCUCAUCCAGUCCGCCUGGUGGUAGUCGCGACACUCCCUGCAAACUGCGGUGAAAAAGAAGACUUUGUAAAUUGUUCGUCGGAGCCGUAGACACUGUACGUGGCGUUGAAUGGGACCAAAGCGAUGUGAAUAGUAAUAUUAUUGCUAUUGGUAGCUCCCAGGUAUGAACAGGAAACGGGCCCUGACCUCAGACGCUUUCACGGCGAAGAAGAGGAAAAACGGUGUGGAGAGGUUCGGUGCCGUCGGUGAUGGAGAUGGGCCAACUGACAUCAGGUCCACCCUGGAGUACCUCAUGACGCUGUUCCCCAGGAAGCUCUUCAAUGACACCUUGCCUCAAAUUGUGCUUAAGCACCAGCUCUACAGCAUACACAAUGACAAGACUUUGGUGGACAAGGAGGUGAAUAAACUGCGGGAACAAGCAGAGCUGCUGAUGUUCCAGCUCGGGUUUGAUGCGGAAGCUUUCGGGCUGAUUUUCACCUCAGACUACAAGGCCAAAGUGCUGGCGGGAGAGGAGGGCAAAGUGACCAGAGCGACGGUGGAGAAGUUCUUAGAGAGGGUGUUGACCUCCUCUUGCACAGAUCUGAGCUUCGGCAAAGACAAAAUGCUCAGGGAGUUCCUCUUCACAGACUCGGAGAUAACGCAGCUGGUGAAGUCAGGGGUCCUGACUGUGAGGGACGCGGGCAGCUGGUGGCUUUCCAUUCCCAACUCUGGCAAAUUCACCAAGUACUUCAUACAGGGUCGUAAAGCUGUGCUCGGCAUGGUGAAGAAGUCUAAAUAUAGUGAAGUCCUACAGGCACAGCUAGAGGAGCGGCGAACAACCUCACAAGUGAAAUUCCACAUGAAAUACCACAUCCAUGACAUUGUUGGUGCAGAGCUGGUGGAGAGCAUACCUACAACUUCAGGGACACUGUUGCGAUUUGUUGAUACCUGAAGCACUGCGACAAGACUGACAUCAGUGUUUGGUUGGAGUCAGUGAGUGAGGGAAGAUGUGGAAAAGCGAAGGAUGAACAAAGCUUGUGAAAAGUGUUUGUUUGAGGACUGUGAGUAAACUAAUUUAAGAGUUCAGAUUUAGAUUCUGUGCCAAAUCUAAUAUAAAACCUCGUGGGUUUAUGAAUUGUCAAUUACAUUGACAUGACCUUGUCAGGGUUUGAUUUGUCUUGUAAUAAAAUGAUUUGAAAUGUU